AUGUCAGGCCCCGGCAACUCGCUCCAGCAACCCCGAGUGAGGCGCAGCAACGCGGGUUCUCCGGGCUGCCGCCUGCACCCGCUCCGCGCCACCGUACCCUACCAGCUGCUGCGCGGCGGGCAGGGCAGCCCGACGCGGCCGUCGCACAACCUCCACGGCGGGGCCGCCGGAGGCAGUCGAGGCUCCAGCCCCCCCUCCAGUCCGACCCUCCUCCCAGGAAGUAAGCAGAGAUUGUCGCCCGAAAACAAGGACGCCUCCUGCCCACCAGACUCGCCCGUUUCCAGAGCCGAUAGGUCCAAGUUGCAGACGCGGAGCUCCAGCGCCAUCCGGCGGACGUCUUCCCUGGACGCCAUUACGGGGCCUUACCUCACCGGGCAGUGGCCCCGAGAUGCUCAUGGGCAAUACCCCUCCUGUAUGAAAGACAAGUCCACUCAGACUCCAGGUGUAUGGAUGGAUGAGAGCUCCGACCAAGGAGGCCCACAUCAGAGGUCCGCAUCGUGGGGGAGCGCGGACCACCUCAAGGAGCAGAUUGCGAAACUGAGGCUGCAACUCCAGCGUAGCAAACAGGGAAAUCGUCAGAGCAAAGAACGAGACGCUACGGCCGGGAUGCCGCACGCACAACAUGGCACAACCUGCCCGUCACAGCAUAAGGGGUCGUCUUGUUCGUUGUCCACCAAGUCGCUGAUCUGCCGAGUGCCCAGCAGCGUGGAAGCCAUCAACCACGAGUUGGAAAACGUCUUCAUCAGACACGACUGGGAACACACAUUACACGCGACAGAUGCGGCAGACGGCCGUCGGGCCCCCUUCCCGCUACAGCGCUACAUCGGGGAGACACGGGACACGGACACCCAGGCCCCCUCCAGCGGUGAGUCCAGUCCAUCCCCCCGCCUCCUCAGCCCCCAACACCUGCAUUCCCCGGACGGAAGCCCCUCGUCCUCGGCCGAUGACGUGGACAAAGACGGCUCGUGCGGCUCGCCGCUGCCCAAAUUCGCCACGUCUCCCAAACCCAACAACAGCUAUAUGUUCAAACGAGAACCUCCCGAAGGCUGCGAGCGGGUCAAGGUCUUUGACGAGAUGCUCACUUGCGGCCAAUCCAAAGGCUUCCCUCUGUUCUCGUGUCCCGACAAAAACAAAGUCAACUUCAUCCCCCGAGGUUCGGCUUUCUGCCCAGUCAAGCUGCUGUGCUCGUCCCUCUUCUCGCCCGUCAACGACGACGUUCUCCACGGCAACGACGACCCUCCAGACUCGCCGGAAGCUGAGGCGCUCGUCGGCAGGAAUAUCAAAGAUGCUGCUACCUUAUAA